GAGGCAAGGGUCUGGAAGUGCCAUGGCUGGAGAUCGUUGUUUGCAGUUUGUGCUUUACUGUGCUUUACUUGACUUUUUUCAUGGCAAUGCUGCUCUCGAACAUGUUCCUGUGCUGAUGUGGUCGACCUUCAGCUCCUUAAGGAAUAUGAAAAGCGCAACAUACGAAGGUCAAAUCAUUAAAACCCAUGAGCUGCAAACAUUCUUGAAACCAAUUUUUAAGCAAGAUUCUCAGAAUCUCCUUCUCUUUUUACAGAAUGAGCUUAGUGUCGAAGACUUCAUGCGUUAUGGUCCUGAUUAUGGAAGUGAAGAAAUAUUUUACAAUAUUCAGCAAUUGCUUGAAUCCUCCAACUCAUCCCUGAUUCUGCCAGCCGUUGACCAGAGAGCUAUUAAACAUCUGCAGGAACAUCAAAAUUGGACCAAAGUUAAAAUUGACCAACUUGACAAGUCAGAACUGGAAAUAAAUACUUCAAAACCAAACUUAAUCAUCAUAAAUUUAGCAGCAGCUGACAGCUCAACUGAUUCAAAAUUGGCACAGACACUAAUGGAUAAUGUUCAAUUUCUAGAUAAAGUGAUUGGGAUGGUAACCAAUACUUUGAGGAAAAAAGGAUUACCAUUUACUGGCAUUUAUACAGCUUUGAGAUCCAAUGUGGUUAUCAGAAAGGCUAGCAAUGAAGUUGUUCAAACUGGACGGCGAUUAAUGACCAUGGAUUCAACUAGCUCUGUGCUGUACCCACCCCUGAAUGUAACAAAUGGUACAAAUACAUGCAUUCUAUUCCAUGCAACCGGACUGCAAUUAACAGCCAAUGGAUCAUUGAUUGACUUGACCAAUAAAACUUUCAUAUCCAAUUCAGUGGACUCCACAAACUCUAUGUGUUCAACCACUAAUACCACAUUAUCGCUCAAGUAUUCACUUCAAAAAAUUCCACUCAUCCAUGUUAAUACUCUGGAGAUCAGGUUUUUAAUGAGGAACAAGUUCUACACUGGAUCAGCUCGAAACUGGUUCAAACUGGAUUUUGUUGAAAUUGUGCAGGAUGAGCUCCAUGUCGCAGCGUUUAAUGUGUCUGGUAUCUCAGCACCACAGGAGUAUUCCUUUCACUGUCAACUUGUAGGAACCAGCUGGCUUGACGGUGUGACAUUCAUCCCUGCUAACAAGGCAGCUGAAGCUUGGACUAUCACCAUUUCUGAAUUUCAGAUUCAGGGUUUCAAUGUGAAGAAUAACCUAUUUUCUUAUGCUGUUGACUGUACCUCAUUCUUCACUCAUGCAAUCUGGAUGGCCAUGGUGACAUCUCUGGUCCUUUUGUGCAUCCUUAUCUAUGGCAUCCAUAUGAUCAUGCAGCUGACAACUAAUGAUCGCUUCGAUGAUCCAAAAGGACAAGCUCUAACAAUCCCCCAGACUGAUUAGGUUCAUCCAUUGAGCUGAAUUUGAUUUAUCUCCUUUAAUUAUCAUUUUCAUUACCUGAAUCAAAUAUACAUGACCUAUUUUCCAGAUUUUACCCUUCACAGUAUGAUGAAGUUGAUUAUAAUAUCCGUGUACUGGACCUUUAAAACUCAGACUGACCAAAUAUGUGUGGUACACUAUGUUUCUCGAAAGCCUGAGGAACACUGGCUUGGGGAGACACCAUACAAAUCGCUUAAGCACUACAGUUUUCAAGCUAUGAAAGAGCAGAAGUAAGAACAGCCAUAAAAAUGCUCACAGGGUAUAGAACCUUUUGAAUGACAGUUUGGAUACAUGAAAGUAGGGAGACGAUGGAGGAUAAAAAUAAAGAACAUAUAUAAAUGAAAUGUAUUUGUUUGAAAUUAAUUUAGGUCUGCCAUGUAAGUAAUAGUCUGAAGUCACAUCUUGCUCCAUUAGUAAACAAGAGAAUGAGAUAACAAAUUGAAAACCUAAAUAAGGCAAAUAAACUGAGCACUCCAACCUGUAGCAAUUUAUAGAAACCACUGAUUUUUUUUGACAGAAGUUAAAUGAACUUACAUUUAAACUAAUUAUGAUAAUGAUAUGAGAGUGGUCCAAAGUCAAUGUGAAACUCCUAUUUAAGUAAAACAUUUCAAAUUAAGAAUACAAAUGGUGAGUAGAUUGACUUAUUUAGUAAAUUAAAUUAGUUAUCCACAUGACACAUUAUAAUUGAUGUAAUUGUGUUAACAGAUGCAUUGUCUUUCUGAACUUUAGCUCUGGUGAAGAGUCAUCCAGACUUGAAACAUUAGCUUGCUCUCUCUCCACGGAUGCUGUCUGAUCUGCAGCAUUUAUUGUUUGCAGCACUGUCUUUCUGGUAAUUGCCUCCCCCCCCCGCGAGAUUUAUGUUCAUAUCCGCAACAGCUAAAAUUAAAAUGUCAAUUUACAAUGAUAUAAAGUUACUUGGAUGUUUGCAGGUAAAAUCUGUUAGCAACAGAUGAAAUUUAACUGCCCAACAUAACUUAAUGUAUAAUUACUGUAGGCAGGUGAUAUAGAAAAUUGUCAAUAGCAUGAAAAUCAGUGAGACUGAUAGUGAGCAGUGAACAUUUACUGCUGCAGUAGGAUAUGUUCUUCCAUAUUUAGUGAUGAAUGAUUAGUUGAAGUAAUUGAAACUUUACAUUGUGUUACUGAGCCAAAGUAAAGUGAUUUUUUUUUCUCCAAUUCUCUUACCACUUUGGCAAGCAUUCUUUAAAUUACAUUAAACCCUGUUUAAAACGUCUUUAUUGCUUCAAAUAUUCUUAUUAACUUAGUGAGUAUUCCUUACAUAACAUAGCUUGGCCAAAUCAUCUUACUUUAGAGACAAAAAAUCUGCAAAUACUCAAAUCUAAGAUAGACAGGCAAGAGGCUGGAAGAACACAGUUGAAACUUU